AGAGAGCGACUGUGGCGGUUCCUGGCGGGGAAAAUGGUCGGGGGAGACAGCGCCGAGGGAGGCGCAGGCUGCUGCUCUCCGGCCGUCGGGGCGGACGCGGCGACUUCACGGCUGAACCGCGACAAGAGGCUGGUGUGCGUGGAGUACCCAGGCGUUGUGCAGGACGUGGACAAGACGCUGCUGACGCUGGGCGGAGAGGAAGGGGUCUCUAGGAUCUACACUGACCCCAGCCGAAGACUCGAGCUCUACUUCCGCCCCAAGGACCCCUACUGCCACCCUGUGUGUGCCAACCGCUUCCCAACAUCUUCCAUGUUGCUGAAAGUUAAAAAGAAAACGAGGAGGAAACGGACAGAAGCAGGAGGUUUUGAGGAAGAUGUCAGUUUUGAAGUAGAAGUUCUUGGCAUUGUUACCACAGUUUAUAAGUUUCAAGGGAUGUCUGAUUUCCAGUAUUUGGCAGUGCACUCUGGACCAGAUGGCAAGCAGACCUCCAUGUAUGACAAAGUCCUGAUGCUCAAGCCAGAGAAAGAGGAGUUCUUCCUGAGUGACCUUCCGCUUUAUAUCCCUCCACCCAUUUUCUCACGCUUGGACACUCCUGUGGACUAUUACUAUCGACCAGAAACGCAACAUAGGGAAGGAUAUCAGAACCCCACGUUGUCCAGCGAAAACCUGAUAGGUCUCAGCCGGGCUCGUCGGCCCCACAACGCCAUCUUUAUCAACUUUGAGGAUGAGGAGAUCCCCAUGAAGCCUUUGGACGCUGCAGAGCAGACCUGGAGGAGAGUUUGCAGCAAUGCAGUGGAUCACAAAGCAGAAGAGGAACUGAGGAAGCUGUUUGAGGUCCGCCCAAUCUGGUCUCGUAAUGCUGUGAAAGCCAAUAUAAGCAUCCACCCUGACAAGCUCAAGUUCCUUCUGCCUUACUUAGCUUACUACAUGCUAACUGGACCCUGGAGGAGCCUGUGGGUCCGCUUUGGUUAUGAUCCCAGGGAACACCCAGAAGCAAAGUUCUACCAGGUCCUGGAUUUCAGAAUUCGCUGUGGAAUGAAAUACGGGUACGCUCCUAAUGACAUGCCGGUGAAAGCUAAACGCAGCACCUACAACUACAGCCUGCCCAUCACCGUGAAAAAACCAGCGAGCCAUGUAGUUGGCAUCCAGGACCUUAAGCAAGGACUGAGCACCUCUGGGAUGUCCAGUCCACGGAAAUCUGCUUUCAGCAAGUAUAAACUUAAAGAUUCGAUUUACAUCUUCCGAGAAGGUUCCCUGCCUCCCUAUCGACAGAUGUUCUAUCAGCUUUGUGACCUGAAUGUGGAAUGCUUGCAGAAGAUCAUUCGCCGGAAUGAUGGCAUGGAGAUGGUGUGUACAGAGAGGGACGGCUGGUGUCUUCCCAAGACCAGUGAUGACUUGCGGGAUACCAUGUCUCUGAUGAUAAAGCAGAUCAUCCGCUCCAAAAGGCCUGCUCUGUUCACAAGCACUUCGAACACAGAAGAGGGGAAAGAGCAGCUGGCGUUUGAGUCCGGAGAGGAAGAGGAAGAGGAGGAAGAAGAGGAGGAGUUCAAAGAACCAUCUGAUGGAAGUGAGAAUGAGAUGGAGACAGAGAUUCUGGACUAUGUGUGAUGCACCAGAACUGGCACUGUGGACCUAUUCCUGGCAAGGACCUUUGCUUCUCUUCUCCCUACAGGCAAGACAGGAAGCCAGGCCUAAUGAGACAAGAACCCAUCCAUGUCUCUUCUACUCAUCUUUGGUUUCUCUUCUUUACAGACACCUAUGUGUGCUUUUUUGAUACUGAUUUGGGGGUGAAGAUUAUGAUGAGUAAGGCUGUUUAUCCUUGAGCUCUGCAGACAUGGCAAGUGUGCAAGUAAUGGGGCUGGAGAUACCUUAUCCUGAGAGGUUUUGCUAAAUAUUCCUCUAAUGAAAGCUUAGCUAACUGGUUAACACACAAGCCUGGUAGAUCUUCAUCUUGGCAUUGGUUAGCAUCUCAUUCUCCCAUAUCCUUUAGGAGAGGCAAGCCAUUGCCGUAGCCACCUUACUAAUGCACCUGUCCAGCUCUACCACCUCAAACGUGUGGUCACCAGGGCUGGUGCAUGGAGUGCUGGUGAUGUCCUGACCUAAGAUUUUAGUCUUUUGUCAGGCUGAUGAUGAAGCCAAACUCUAUACAGUCUUGGGCAAAAUGUUUGAUGAGUUUCUGUGGAGUUUCCUUGGAGUGUGCUGUCAAGGCUGUGUCAUCUAUGAACAAUAUAUAUUGGAUAAGAACUUGCCACACUUCUGCCUUGGCAUGGAGAUGUGCCAGGUUGAACGGACUCCCACCACUCCUUGAAUGGACGCACAGCACACACUGUCUUCAGUCAAACUGAAGGCAUAUGAGAACAACAGGUUGAAGAUGACGCCAAAGAGACUCCUUAGGAUAGUAAUAAAGCUGGAUAUCAAAUCCAAACUCUUCUUCUUCUUCCCUUGUGGACUUUAGGUGGGCAUCCUCUUGGUUGAUGAGGUCAAAGGCCUGAAGGCCAAAUACCUGACCAGGAGCCCUUGUGAAUGUGCAUAGAUUAAGUUUGAGUAAUAGUAAUUUUUCCUCUUACGUUGCCAGUGAAAGAGUAUAAAGCAUUUGUAUACCGAUGAACGUGUGAGUGGGGUUCAAAGUGAAGAUAAUGAUUUAUGUUUGAAUUUAAAUUUAGAUCAACCAAAUUGAGCCAAAUGCUGAUCAAGGGAAUUGUUCAUUUUCUGGAAUACUGGCAUAUGCUAUGAAAUUAAACCACAUUGGGGUAAAGCCAUCUUUUCUUAUCUGUCCAUGUGUCAACUGUAGUUUAUUUGUAACUCUCUCAAGGAGGAUUGUUUCCCAAACGCGUUUUGUACCAAUGGUCUAUCAUCGUGCCAGAAAGCUCUUUCCAGUGUCUGGUUAUGUUGCAUCUCACUGCCUGUAAUAAAUGGCUUGUUAAUUCUAUAUUAUGCAAAUUCAGAUGAUCAUGUAAUAUAUUUAAUAAAACUAAUUCUCAUUUGA